UUCACAAAACACAAUGGCGGCCCCUACAAAUUUAGUAGUAAAGUGGGGAGGCCAACAGUAUAAUAUUAAGAAUCUGCAAGAAAACUGUACAAUUGCCGACUUAAAGCUUGCUAUAGAGAAAGAAACUAAUGUUUUAUCAGAACGACAGAAACUUCUUGGCUUGAAGUACAAAGGAAAGCCACCAAGUGAUGAUAUCCUAUUGUCUGAUCUGAAGUUGAAGCCGGGUAGUAAAAUCAUGAUGAUGGGAACAAGAGAAGAAGAAAUAGCUGAUGCUAAUGAAGCUCCGAGUGACACUGUCGAAGUUGUAGAUGACUUUGAUAUUGAAGAUGAAGAGGUCUUAGUGGAGAAUAGAGAAGAAUUUCUGGCAAAGGUUGGGCGAAGAGUAAAAGAUCUGAAAGUUGAUAUUCUCAACGAACCACGACCAGGAAAGAAACUACUGGUCCUGGAUGUUGACUAUACACUGUUUGAUCAUAAGUCAACAGCAGAAUCUGGUUAUGAGCUGAUGAGGCCAUACCUGCACGAGUUCCUAACGUCAGCUUAUGAGAACUAUGACAUUGUGAUAUGGUCUGCGACAAGUAUGAAGUGGAUCCAAGCAAAAAUGCAAGAGCUGGGCAUAACACGGAACACCAAUUACAAGUUGACAUUUAUGUUGGAUAGCUCGGCUAUGAUAACAGUUCACACGCCUAAGUAUGGCGUAGUACAGGUGAAACCUCUCGGUGUUAUAUGGGGAAAGUUUGAGCAGUACAGUAGCAGAAACACGAUCAUGUUCGAUGACGUCAGACGCAACUUUCUAAUGAACCCAAACAAUGGAUUAAAGAUACGGCCAUUCAAGCAGGCUCACUUCAACCGAGACAAGGACAAGGAGCUGUUGUACCUGACGAAAUAUCUAAGGGACAUCGCCGCUCAUGAUGAUUUCACUCAGCUCGACCAUAGACGCUGGGAGAGGUAUAAGCCCUCCAAGAAGUUAAAGGCAGCUGUGUUGUCACCAGGUGACAACGGUGACGAAGGUGAUGCAGCAGAUGUGUGACAGUGAUGACAGCAGGUGUGUGUCCAUGAUGACUAACAUUACAGAUCUGAUGACAGUGACACACACAAGUGACAUGACAUGACAAUAACAGCAUGAAAACAAGAUAAAGCUCUAGCAGUAGGCAUAAUGACUUUUGAGUCAGGGUGUUGUGACAAACAGACAAACAUUCCAGAUCUCUGUGCUGGUUUGAAUGAGCUACUUGUACAGUGAGAUAGAACUCAAUAAUCAAUGUUAUACCAGAUUGACUUACGCUAAACAAAGAAAAACACAUUGUUUAUCUGCAAUAUCUUUGACUGUAAAAUUGAGGUUUAGUGGAGCGUUCUACUGCAGUUACAUGUGUAUAUUAUUUAAUGUGAAAAAACAACUAUGGUAUUCCAUAUUUUCAGAAUUAAAUGCGUUUUGUAUAUUGAAUGCUAUUUUCCUUUUCACUAACUGAUAGCACAGGGGAAACAGAAAAUAUACUAUGGCAUGGUGGAAUAUAGUCAACAAUACUGGUCAGUCUGUGUUCAUCUAGAAUGGUAUUUAAAGAUUUAUCUUAGAUUACCAAUGAAAUAGGUAUGAACUUAA